AUGGAACUCCCCUUCAUCACCCUCGACGUCUUCACCCGCACCCGCUUCCGCGGCAACCCCCUCGCCGUCGUCACCAUCCCCCACGACAUCAAGAACAAGCCCACCCAGCAGCAGAAGCAGGCCAUCGCCCGCGAGUUCAACCUCUCCGAGACCGUCUUCAUCCACGGCGUCGCCGACCCGGCCGCCGACCCCUCCCGCCGCAUCGACAUCUUCCUCACCUCGGCCGAGAUCCCCUUCGCCGGCCACCCCACCAUCGGCGCCGCCGUCUCCCUGCUCCGCCCCGACCCCGCGGAGCCCUCCGCGCACCACCACCACCCCGUCACCGAGCUCGUCACAAAGGCCGGCCGCAUCGCCACCCUCACCGCCCACGCAGGCAUCUUCGCCGCCGACCUCCAGCCCAACCCGGACGUCCGCCGCCUCGAGCUCGACGCCCCCGUCUUCAGCCUCGUCAAGGGCGUCAGCUUCGCCCUCGUCGAGCUGCCCUCGCUCGAGCUGCUCGCCCAGGUCGCCGUCGGCCCCGUCGAGUUCAAGCCCCACGGCUUCCUCGACGACGGCUGGCAGGAGGGCUUCAUCGGCCGCUUCUACUACGUCCGCACCGGCGACUCGACAGCCGACGACGAUGACGACGGCGUCCCCGUCGUCGGCCUGCGCACCCGCAUGAUUGCCGAGGGCUUCGAGGAUCCCGCCACCGGUGCCGCCUCCAGCUGCCUGGCCGCCUACCUCAGCAUCCACGGCCGCGACAAGCAGACGACGCCCACGCGCCGCUACGACUUCACCCAGGGCGUCGAGAUGGGCAAGGAGAGCUCCGUCCGCGUCGACGUCAGCCUCAAGGACGGCGCCCUCGACACCGUUCUACUGGCCGGGCCGGCAGUCCAGGUCAUGCGUGGAACCAUUACCGUUGAAUAG